CUUAUAUGAUAACAAAAUGGCCGCGCUCAUGAAAAAGUGGACAAAAACAUACAUGUAUACAGGAUGUUUGCUUAAGCAUAGUUUAUUGUAUUUUAGGUCAGAUAAGAUGGUAAGAAAUAGCAGCACAUCACCAAUGAAUAUGUUAGAUCUAACAAAAAGAGGACUCUUUGAAAGUGUUUUUCCUGAUCAAAGAAUUCCUGAUCUACCAAGGCUGCUCUCAAGUCCCCAAUCAAUAUACUGUGGGUUUGAUCCCACAGCCGAUAGUCUUCAUAUUGGCAAUUUAUUGUCUCUAAUUGCUCUUAUACAUGGUCAGAGGGCAGGACAUAAUCCAAUUGCAGUGAUAGGAGGUGCCACUGUUGUUAUUGGUGAUCCCAGUGGGAAAACCAAAGACAGAGAGCCUAUUCAAGCAGAAGUUAUAGAGAACAAUGUAAUUGCUCUGAUGGAGAACGUCAACCGUAUUGUUCACAAUCAUGAACAAUAUAUUUGCCGGGAUAAAAAGCCUUUACCUAAAUUCAGAAUACUCAAUAACAAGGAAUGGUACUCCGAUCAAAAUGUCAUUACAUUUUUGGCAACAGUUGGAAGACAGUUUAGAGUUGGAGAGAUGAUAGCUAAGCAUAGUGUAAAAAGCCGCCUAAACAGUAAACAAGGAAUCAGUUGUACAGAAUUUAUGUAUCAAGUUUUUCAAGCUUAUGACUGGUUGCAUUUAUACAGAAAUUACAACUGCAGUAUUCAAAUUGGAGGUGGAGAUCAAAUGGGUAACAUCUCAUCUGGGUUUGACCUCAUUGACAAAGUAACAAAAAAACAAGUAUUUGGUUUACUUGUACCACUUUUGUUAACAUCUGGUGGUGAAAAGUUGGGCAAAUCUUCAGGCAAUUCAUUAUGGCUAGAUCCUACAAAAACUUCACCAUAUGAACUUUACCAAUAUUUUUUUAACAUUGCUGACUCAGAUGUGGAAAGAUACCUGAAGUUGUUUACUUUUCUCCCUCUUAGUGAAAUUGAAGCAAUUAUGGAGAAGCAAAAUAGAUCACCAGAACAGAGACAUGCACAGAGAAAAUUGGGGGAACAGGUCACCUUGCUGGUGCAUGGAGAAGAUGGUAUUGAUUCUGCUUUGAAGUGCACAGAGGUUUUGUUUGGUGAUGCUGUACCUGCUAUUGCCUCCAUGAAGCUAACAGAUUUACAACAGCUGUUUAAAAAUGCUUCAACCUCAGAGCUGAUAUAUGAUCCAGAAAUGACAGUUUUUGAAUUGUGUGUGAAAAUAAAAUGUUUCAAGCGUGAAGGAGAUGUAGAGAGGACCAUAAAAGAAGGGGGAGUCUAUAUAAAUCAACAAAGAUUUACCGAACCCUACCAUAUACUUAGAGAAAGGGAGCAUAUUUUGCCUAAUAAUAUAACUCUGGUUAGAGUAGGGAAAAAAACCUACCAUGUUGUACAUUGGCUUAUGAGGUAAUUAAGGCAAGAUUUAAAAAGAAUGUGAAUGUUAGAAAAGUUUUCUCGAAUGGAUUUCUAGAUGCAAAAUGUGUAUGCUCCAAAAUAAAAUUAUAAAUUGUUGCUAUUGGGAAUUUUAACACUAAUAGUUUAUUGCCAAAUCUAGCAAAUAAAAAUACAUAUUACUUCUGUAUAUUCUGUUCUGUAUAUUUAUUUCUUAAAUAUUAUUAGGGCAUUAUGUAGACACUAUUUUGAAAUAUAACUGAUCUUAUAAUAGACAUGAAAAUGGUCACAUUUAAACUCUGUGUUGCUCUUUCUAAAUUAAAAAAAAAAUUCACAAUAAUUUUAUUUUUCUGAAUGUGUCAUAUUGUAAGACAAGUCUAGUUAUAUAAUGAUUAUUUUUUAUUAAUUAUUUUUAAAAAGAAAAGUUUAAAUAAA